AUCUUUUUAGAUAAUGUGCCUUUGUGCUGUUCAGAAUCACUCCAUUCCACUUCUAGAAACUUGACGCUUCACGUCCUUUCUCCUCAAUGAACCUCAGUGCUACAAACCACCGAUUACCUCUAAGCGAUGGGAACAGCAUUCCAAUCAUUGGGCUUGGUACCUACGCAGAUCCUAGACCAGUCCCCAGGAAGACCUAUAAGGCAGUGAAAGCAGCCAUUGAUGAAGGAUACCGGCACUUUGAUGGGGCCUACAUCUACCACAAUGAGCAUGAAGUCGGUGAGGCCAUCAGAGAAAAGAUAGCAGAAGGGAAGGUAAAGAGGGAAGAGAUUUUCUACUGCGGAAAGUUGUGGGCUACAGAACAUGUUCCAGAGAUGGUCCAGCCAGCCGUGGAAAGAACUAUAAAGAACCUCAAGCUAGAGUAUGUGGACCUUUAUAUCAUUGAAAUACCGAUGGCCUUUAAGCCUGGAAAGGAAAUUUAUCCUAAAGAUGAAAACGGCAAAUGGUUAUACCAUAAAUCAAAUCUGUGUGCCACUUGGGAGGCACUGGAAGCUUGCAAAGAUGCUGGCUUGGUGAAAUCUAUUGGUGUGUCUAAUUUUAACCGAAGGCAGCUGGAGCUCAUCUUGAACAAGCCAGGACUCAAGUACAAGCCUGUUGUCAACCAGGUAGAAUGCCACCCGUAUUUCACCCAGCCAAAACUGUUGAAAUUUUGCCAGCAGCAUGACAUUGUUAUUGUCGCACAUAGCCCUUUAGGGACCUGUCGGAACCCAGCCUGGGUGAAUACGUCUUCUCCACCCUUGUUAAAUGACAAACUCUUAACCUCACUGGGGAAGAAGUACAAUAAGACAGAAGCUCAAAUUGGGUUGCGUUUCAACAUCCAGCGAGGGGUGGUUGUCAUUCCUAAAAGUUUUACACUCAAAAGGAUCAAAGAAAACUUUCAGAUCUUUGACUUUUCUCUCACUGAAGAAGAAAUGAAGAACAUUGAAGCCUUGAAUAAAAAUGUCCGCUUUGUGGAGUUGCUCAUGUGGAGUGACCACCCUGAGUAUCCGUUUCAUGAUGAAUACUGAACACGGAAAGUUCUUCCACAGAGUUUUUUUUCUUGUGGUCAGAAUCUUGAGCUGAGUAUUCACCUCUCAACGUGAAAAUAAAUGGGGUCUUGCUAUCCUCAGAUUAAGUUGAAUAGAACAUGUCAUACUUAACUUUUGUGUAGAAUUAAUUUAGUUCUGAUGAUGAAAAAAAAGAUUUAAAUAUAUCUAAAUAGCUCUUUGCAAGUGCUUUAGGUCAGUGUCUUCAAGGUUGUUGAUGGAAUUCACUAUACUUCAAAAGUAGCAUGUAAAAGCAAACUACAACUCAUGAAUCUGAGACUAACAUAGGAAUUCUGAGUUGUUCAGCUUUUAACAGGACAAUAAAGAGGUUUGUAGCAGCCAUGUUUCCAAGUGCUAACCCAUGACCCUGACCCACCAAAAAUGGUUUGCACCAUUAGUUGCAAUACAGACAGCCAAGACAGAAAUUCACACGCCAUUUGUAAUGCACAUUGAGUAGACAAAGAAUGAGAAGUCUAGAAGAGUCUUAAAGAAAAACAUACAGUAAAAAAGCCUAAGGCUGUAGGUUCCUAUGGGAGUGCUUGUCUGGCAUGCCGGAGGCCCAGAAUGAGAGAGGGUGUAGCGAUAAUCAUCAAAGCCAUGAUGAUUCUGUUUUUAUCAUUUGUUUCCAUACAGUGUGCCUAUUCAGCUUUUACUGUGCUUGAAGGAUGGAGAGUUACUGAUUCUUUCUUAAAUUCUUUUUGUUCAGGGCAGUGGGACAUUGAGAUAGGGUCUCAUAUAGUCCAAGCUGCUCACAAAUUUACUGUACAGCUGAGACAGUUCUUGAAUUCUGAACUCUUGGUCUCUCUUCCAUUUUUUAAGGGCCUGAGCUUCCUCAUGACUGGUAAGCCAUACUUGUACUCGGCUAUAAUCAUUCUGUCCCACAUUCAUCAAGAAAACCAUUAUGUAAAGUGGCAAAAAAAAAAAAAAACCCAACCAACAUAUACAAAUCAAGCUUUGUAUCAUAACAUGGUCUAAAGAUGGUGAUUUUCAAUGAAUGAAAAUUUAAAGGAGGAUCUGAGAAAUACUGAAAGAUAUACAGCUUUGUAAAAGAACAUAUAUGUUCUUUUUAAGACAAGAAUAUAUUGGGGUAGAUACCUGAAUUUUGACAAGUUACAAGUUCUAAAAGAACAUGAGUAAUUUUAUAUAUAUGUAAAAUUCUAAAAAGUGAAUUAAAUUAAUAUAACUUUAUCUAUUUUUAAUUCAUCUAAAAUAUAGUACAUUUGUUUACAUAGAUUAUUCUCAAAGGGUAAGGGAAUUCUAAAAAAAAUAUGUAUUUCCAAUAUCAAUAGAUAAAACUGAAUGGCUCAAUGAGAAACAUGUUUGAGAAAUUAUCGAUUAAAAUGUCAUCUACAUGAAUCACUUUUGUUCCAAUACUAAUGUCAACAAUUCUGUUCCCUGGAAAAUAUUUUAUUUGCAAGAAUUAAUAAAGUAUGAUGAUUUGUUCUACAA